AUUGCUGUAAUUAUUUCACUUCUAAAAAAAAAAAAAACACACCCAGCUGUAAUUUUACAUGACGUUUCGCGACGGCCACACCAUGGUGCAUAAAUAUGACACAGAGCGGGCAGUUGGGCUGCUUAGACGAUACCAGGCCAACCUGACCAGUCCAGAGGAGGACGCGCUGAAGACCAGCGUUGGCAAAGUGUCCGCCAUCUUGGGCAGCCAGCUGUUCCAUGCCCUUCUUGAUAUUCAAGAGUGUUACGAGGUGACCUUGCAACUAAACAAGGAACAAACUGUUGUGAAAGAAGACAGCAGGCAGAAUGCGUGGGAGGACCAGGAUGAGGAAGAGGAGGACGCAGAGGAGGAGGGUGUGUCUCUGGUGCGAGUGACCAGUAGGAGGAGCCCUCACAAAGUGGAGCGAGUUUCUGGCUUUGUGAUUCGUUCCCAUGUGGAAGUCCCAAAUGCCAACCCUCCCCCUAUCAUCGUCAACGCAGACUCACUAGAUGCAGGCCCUUAUGUAAAUGGCAGUGAUGGGAUGUAUAAAUAUGAAGAGAUCAUUUUGGAGAGGGGGAACUCUGGCCUGGGUUUUAGCAUCGCUGGAGGAAUAGACAAUCCCCACAUUCCUGAUGAUCCGGGGAUAUUCAUCACUAAGAUCAUCCCUGGAGGAGCAGCUGCUAUGGAUGGAAGACUGGGGGUGAAUGACUGUGUGCUUCGUGUGAAUGAUGUGGACGUGUCCGAGGUGGUGCACAGCCGGGCAGUGGAAGCCCUGAAGGAGGCGGGGCCAGUGGUGCGGCUGCUGGUGCGACGGAGGCAAGCCCCACCUGAGACGAUCCUAGAGGUUAACCUGCUGAAAGGGCCAAAAGGGCUUGGGUUCAGCAUCGCCGGAGGGAUUGGAAACCAACACAUCCCAGGAGACAACAGCAUCUAUAUAACCAAGAUCAUAGAAGGAGGAGCCGCCCAAAAAGAUGGACGACUGCAGACAGGAGACCGCCUGCUAGCUGUGAACAACAUCGUGCUUCAGGACGUGCGUCACGAGGAGGCAGUGGCUGCGCUGAAGAAUACCUCUGACAUGGUUUACUUAAAGGUGGCCAAACCUGGCCCUGUACACCUCAACGACAUGUACGCUCCUCCAGACUACUCCAGCAGCCUGGCCCUCCCUCCAGCCUUCCCCGCCAUGGUAGACAACCACGUCAGCCACAACUACAUGGGGGCAAUGGAGCCUAAACCUGUUUACCCUCCACCCCAGGUCACCCCGUCCAGGUACUCGCCAGUCCCCCGCCACAUGCUCGGGGAGGAAGACUUCACAAGGGAGCCGAGGAAGGUGUUGCUGCACAAAGGCUCCACAGGCCUGGGCUUCAACAUCGUCGGUGGGGAAGAUGGAGAAGGAAUCUUCGUAUCCUUCAUCCUGGCGGGAGGACCGGCUGACCUAAGCGGCGAGCUGAGGAGGGGCGACAGGAUUCUAUCGGUGAAUGGAGUGAACCUAAGGAAUGCCACACAUGAGCAGGCGGCUGCAGCACUGAAGAGAGCCGGACAGACCGUCACCAUCAUCGCUCAGUACAGGCCUGAAGAGUAUAGCCGCUUUGAGUCCAAGAUCCACGACUUGAGGGAGCAGAUGAUGAACAGCAGCAUGAGCUCAGGAUCAGGCUCCCUGCGUACCAGUGAGAAACGCUCCCUCUAUGUCAGAGCUUUGUUCGACUAUGAUCGAACGAGGGACAGCUGUCUGCCCAGCCAAGGCUUGAGCUUCUCUUACGGUGAUAUCCUCCACGUCAUAAACGCUUCUGACGACGAGUGGUGGCAGGCGAGGCUGGUCACGCCACAUGGAGAGAGCGAGCAGAUUGGGGUCAUUCCAAGCAAGAAAAGAGUGGAGAAGAAGGAGCGGGCUAGGUUAAAAACAGUCAAGUUCCACGCCAGGACAGGAAUGAUUGAGUCGAACAGGCCAGUCAAAGUAAAGCGCAAAAAAAGCUUCAACCUUUCACGCAAGUUCCCGUUUUACAAGAGCAAGGAGAAUAUUGUGCAGGAGUUGGUGGAGUCUGAACAAUGCCUGACAUCCAACACAAGCGACAGUGAAAGCAGUUCGAAGGGACAAGAGGACACAAUUCUUUCCUAUGAGCCAGUCAUACGACAGGAAAUUCACUACACAAGACCUGUGAUCAUAUUGGGUCCAAUGAAGGACAGAGUAAAUGAUGACCUCAUCUCUGAGUUUCCCCACAAGUUUGGCUCCUGCGUACCCCAUACGACUCGUCCGAGGCGAGAAAACGAGAUGGACGGCCAGGACUACCACUUUGUGGGCUCGCGGGAGCAAAUGGAGAAAGACAUUCAGGAUAAUAAAUUCAUUGAGGCUGGCCAGUUCAACGAGAACCUGUAUGGGACGAGCAUCUUGUCCGUCAGAACUGUGGCCGAGAGGGGGAAACACUGCAUACUGGAUGUGUCUGGGAAUGCCAUAAAAAGACUGCAGCAAGCACAACUUUAUCCGAUUGCCAUCUUUAUUAAACCAAAAUCUAUUGAAGCCCUCAUGGAAAUGAAUAAGAGGCAGACGUACGAGCAAGCCAAUAAAGUCUUUGACAAGGCAGUGAAGCUGGAGCAAGACUUUGGAGAGUUUUUCACAGCUAUCGUACAGGGUGACUCACUAGAGGAGAUCUACAACAAAAUCAAGCUAAUCAUCGAGGAGCAGUCUGGUCCCUACAUCUGGAUCCCCUCCUCAGAGAAGCUCUGAGCUCCCUGCUGUCUCCUCUGCAUCAGUGCAGAGCUCCCCUCCUGCCUCCCAGAGACCCCACCCAAGCCCAAAAUAGCCCCCCACCCCUCCUCACCUCCUUUUUGCAGAUAUGUUUCAUAUCAAGUUUUAGUGUCAUCAUUAUGUUACUCUAAAUGAAAAAGAAGUCUUAUCACCAUUACUGUGACUGUGCACAUCCCUGCAUGAGUUUCUCAACAAAUCCAUUCAAGACUGGAAAUGCCAUUCCAAAGGAAUUUGUCAAAUGAAAACAAAAGGGAAGAGGAAUAUAUCCUUUUGUGAACUGGAACUGACUGAAGAUCAGAAUGUUUUACAGAAAUCUGGGGAGAGGAGAUGGGAUUCAAAACGAAGUUGCAGGGAAACAAGAGACAAAUCAUACCAAGUUGGAACACUUUGUAAAUGUUCAUCAAAUCACAUUUAAAAAGACACGCAAGAUGAGAAGUGAAGACCAAUUAAGGUUUGUUUGUUUUUUUUCUAAAAAGACUGGUUAAAAUCAAGCCCUGCUGAUGGUACUGUUCAUGGAGUUCUCUCUCUUGUCUAUAAUGACUGAGGAAAUUAGUGGAGCCUACAAACUGGUGAUCUAUUUAUCACAAACCAGCUUGCCGUUUGGUCGUCUGCCAGUUGUCUGUGCUGCAGCUGAUAUAGACAUCUCGGGAGGCGGAUAUAGAGGACGAAAGUGUUGUGAAUCUCUACAUUUAUAUUAUGAAAUCACAAGAUAAAUGAUAAAAUCCCACUGAGGUUUUCCUACAUAUUAAAAACUACACAUUUUACACUUCACUAGAAUUGUCAAUUUGGAGGGCUGUUAGAUUUCAUUUUUUUUUUUGUUUUUUUGUGGGAUUUUUUGCUUGUGGUUUUUAGCUGCUCUGUGUAAAGGAUGGGGGUAGAGAAGUGUAACUGGGCUCUCUGCAAAACACCAAACUGCCUUACAUCAAAUACAAAUUCUGUUUUGUGACUACCUGUUGUCUGUGAGGGAGGCUGCACACAAUUGACCAGGAAAAGAGAGAAAACAUUCUAAUCUUUUCGUACUUUUUUGUGUCCUCCAACUGCCAGUGGGCCUGACUUGAGUGCAAUAGAUAAAACAGUCUCAACUCUGUGGGCGCUUUUUAUUCCCCUGUAUUUCCACCUUCCUUCCUGAAUUAGACCAUUGGAUCACAAUUUGGACAGCCAGAGCCUCCUAACUAUUGUUGAGCAGCAGACCACCCUAUUACACUCUCUGCCUUCCAAGAGGAUUCUCUUCUGAUUGAAUAGUCACAUGGUACUGUCCUAUCUGCCGCCAUGACGGUGGCCUUAAAACGGGUAGAACAAGACAAUAAUUGUAUUGGAUGUCCUAACAAUUAAAGAGUCAAUAUAACCUGUUUUUUGGAUUGUCCCAAUGUCCCCUGACCAAAAAUAACACUAAAGUUGGGUUUGAUUAAACCUAUAUGCUUUGUGUAUCUGUAAACACAUGAAUUCUUAAUUAAUCUCUUGUUGGCAGGUGCAGAACCACUGUGUUGAACUCAUUAGUGAGUUUGGGGUGAGCUAGACCAGCUCAGGAAUCGUAUCAUACAGAAACCAUUACUCCUACGACUGACAGGCCAUGUUUGGACGAUGACACGGAGAGUUCAUAGCUGUCAAAUGUGAACAAACAAGAACUUAAAGUAUUGUCGCUCAGUGUUCUCAACUAAACGGUGUAAUCAGGCUGUAUUAUGUCUCUUCUCUUUAUUCGUGAGGCGGGGAGCUUGUUCAAGGCCAACUGUGUGGUAACUUUGAGUUGGCUGCAUGGCAUCACCGGGAUUGACCUGCUCCGACCUCCCAUGCAGAUCUUGGCACCAUAUGUUCACAAGUCCAUGUGAGAGAGCAGAAGAAGAAGUAGGAGUCACAAAGGAGUACUUUGGCCUCUGAUCGUGAACAUUCUUGCUUUCCACCUCAGCUUUUUGAAAAAGUACGAAGGGAGUUUUUUUUUUGUUUUGUUUUGUUUUGUUUUUUUAACUUCUCAAGAGAGCCAGGCCCAAAAGGAAAAUUGUAACCUAGACCUCUGGGUCCCCCUGCUCUCUCCCACCCACAGAGCACCUGUACCUGCAGGCAUUUUCUGAACAGGUGUGCCCACCUGCCAGGCACCACUGCUUAACCAGCUGUCAUUACCUGUGUCAAAACCAGAGUUCAGGGAAUAACCGAAGGGAACAGAGCCAUUUAUAAACUGCUUGCAGACUGUUUCAAAGGGUGUGGUAGCUGUACAAUGUAAAUAAGCCCCCAGCAGAUCCCCCUCACCUGUGCUUAAUGCAUGUGUGAAUCAAACUGGGACAAACAUGUUUUAUAGACCACAAAUGUCAGGUAAGUAAAGUUUGAGCUACUCUUGAGAUAUAAUUUCCAUACAGGUGUGCUGUAUUGUUGGUAUUUCUCUUCAAAUGCCUAUUGGAAAACUUAACUAGUCAGUUGGGAAUUCAAUUCCUUUGAGUAGGGCCUGUCUACAUGUGAUUUCUUGUGGAACGUGUCUGGGUGUAUAGAUUUAAAAAUAUAUAUAUAUUGUAAAAUAAUUAAAAAGAGAUGCAGGCAGAAACCUACACAAUAUCACAGAAACCAGGAGCAUUGAUCAAUACACCAUUAGAAAUUUAGAAUCGGUCCUCUCCGGUGUUAAGUUGAAAUACAGCUGACUGUUAACAAUGUGUGUGGUAUUCAUACCUCAGUCAGCCAUGUCAAAGCCCAAAGAACUUGAUUUCAUAUUACUCUUUCCUUUGAGGUUGUGCUAUAUAACGAGAUGGAACCUGAAUGCCUCUGCGUGUGUAUAAUUGAUGAGGGUCUUUGUUCUGAUGAGAGAAAUGACAUAUAUGCUUUUAUUAUUCGGGUGGGGGGGUCAGGGUUCUUGUUUGUACUUUUGGGUGAUGAUGUUUCUGUUAUAGCACAUCUGUGCAGUAAGUGCUUGCAAACAUGAACCCUUUGAUUGUACAGUAGUUUCCUUCCUGUUACUGCAGGUGGUACAGCCUAUCAGGACACUUGGCCUCAUGGUCUUCCCUGUCAUAGUCAUGAGGGAACACAGUCCUGCAACUUUUGUUUGGGUUUUAUUUUGGGACUUGACAAAAGUUUAUUUGUUUGAAAAUAAAAUAUGUGACUCAG